GUGCUCCAUCUAGAUGGAAGUUGUCGCCAUCGUAGUAAACCCUCGUGAUCGUUGUCGUGAUCGAAGUAAGCGUUUAUUGGGAUAUUUAUGCCGAAUUCCAACAUGAUCGUGGGUAUAAGUAUUUAUAUUUUCUGGUCGUGAGCAGUCGCAGGGUGACAUCACAAAUUUUAUCGUCGAACGAUCGCCGGCUGCUGAUGUCACUUCGACAAAUGGCAGUCAUCGGUAUCAUGAUGAGUCGUCGAUGAUGUCGCGCCGAAAAUCGGUAGGGUGGACUUUCCGUGAUGAUCUAUCAUCUGUCAUCAAUUUCCAUAUACUCACUUCGAAAAAGAUGAAUUAAGUACUUACAGCAGAAGUAACAAACCGUGCCAGCUUCUUCGUCCUUAUCAACUUCAACGCAGCACAUCGACCACCAUGGCACUUACAACUCAAAUACUCGCUAUCAACCAUGAAAACGACGUAGGUGUCUGGAGUGUUGAAUCAAUCCGCGUCGCCCCUCGAAGCAGUUAGGUUUGUUUUUCUACUUUACCCACAAAGAGGCGCAUGUUGUUUUUCUACUUUACACAGUUAAUGUUGGAUAAAUGACGGAAAAACCCUGAACGGCGUUGCUGCGUGCGUCCUACUAGUCCAUCAGACCAGUAGUAGCGUAAGCUUCAGGCCGCGGCACGAUGGAGCCCGAAACAGGGAUUAUAUCCAAAAUUGAGAAAGCUCGCCGCGUACACGUACUACUGCAGCACUACAACAUUCGCUUAUAUGUAUCAUGGGCUAGUAUUGCAUUAAACACAGAACAACGUAGCACAUAAAUAUGCGCGCUAGGACGUUCUGUCUUUAAUGCAAUACUAGCCCAUAAUGAUAUGUAUUAAAAGCACACAGUCUCUUCCUGAAAUACUGAGGUGGAUAUUUGGCUCUUCCGGUGUUUCUGUCCCAACAUGUUCCGGCAGUUGUCCGAGCAGCACCUCUGCAAGCCUGUGGGUUGAAUUAGAACUGGCGAUGCAGAAAUUGGCAUUCUUACUUAAUGAGCUGCACUCCUGCCGAAGUUCCUAUUGCUGUUCAUGCCCCACGAAUGAGGGGGAGGGCGAAUCGUACAGCCUCAUAAGCCCCCCCCCUCGCGACCGGCUUGGGUGUGUACGGCACGGGUGCUGCCUGGCGGUCUUUAGGCACUAGCCCUAUUUAUGUGUCGUAGUUUGGGUGAAGUAUCAUCUAGGCUCCUCUAGCCCUGUGUCCGCCCGGCUAGAGUUCUUCGUACAUGCGACAUGUAGGAGCCUACCGCUCGUCCUCUGCAAGCUAGUCCAGGAUGGAUGACGACGAGAAUGAUUCUGAUGAUUACCAUCAUUGGCUCGUGCUCGAGUCUGUAUCUCUAUCUAUCAUACGAGUAACAAAUUUUUGUGCAACGUACGAGGGAUUCAUGUUCUUUCCAGUCUUUGAUUUUGAGCUUCGUUGGUCUGUGGCAUUCUAGUCGCAUCUUCAGUUAUAAGCCCAUAAAUAUACAAUUCAUUGAUUGAAGAUAGAAGGCAACAGAGAGCUCGGAGAAGAUGUCGUGAGUAUUUUAUUUUCGAGAUUCUUAUGAUAGGGCUUAGGGUGGAUGCCGGCGCUGAGGGCGAGAGCCAGCGAGAAAACCGACGAAAUUGAACGAAAGUUGCGGCGCUAACUAAAUUGUAUUGCUCCUGCCAACGCAUCUGUAUUGAUGUAGAAGCACACGCAAGAAUAAUAAAAAAGCGGAAAAGGUGCAGCGAGGGACUAGAACCAUUAACUUCAUCAGAUUGAAAAAGGGGGCGCUGCUUUCGUGAAUGGCGAUGGUGAGCUUUUUCGUUUCAAUAUUUGUUUGUUGGCAUCCUCUACGUGCUGUUCGGCAUGGCAUUAUGGUGGAUGCACGAGGAGAAGAAGAAGCGGGACCAGAAGGACCGUGAUCAAGAACGCGUCAACAACAGCCAGCGCAUUCACAAUGCGAAUACAGACCAUAAGGUACAAACUCUUCGGCUCGACCUUGUUCCCAAGAAUGCGAAUUGUUCUCUUCGAGCGACAAAGACGUGCGUGUUCUGUGGUCACGUAAAACGCUAUUUGCAAUUACUCAGCCGCUUUGAUGGUGAUGUAGUGCCAUUUUGACCUUAGGUUAUCAAAAUAUGAGCACAUAGGAUCUGAUCUUUCCCACACUUCCUACACAGGAGCUGAUCGAAUUCUCCUCGAUUGUGAGUUUUUAUAUAUAGUUCGAUAUCAUACAAAAAAAUAAAAAAUUACCUUAUCAAAAUAUCAGAUCGACUGUGUUCGCGACACCGGCGAGGAGAACCGGCUCCAAAUCAUGGGGCUGCGGCGGUGGCGCUCGGAAUCCUACUUAUGCUGUGGAACUCAUUUGCUCUGCGCCAGCGCCACAGAUUCCCACAUGUUCGGUUUUCGUAUAUAUGCAUUGCCGUUACAUUGAUUCGACGAAAAUGAGUGCUACAGGCACCUGAGUGUGCAUGUGCAAAUUAUACUUGAAAUCAAAUGCGCAGAACGCAAUGUAUCUAUUGGUAAGGAUGCAUCUUUUUCAUCCUCGAGGUGGUUUAGUUCACGUCUGAGGCGUGUCGUUUUCUGUCCGAGCUGUAAGUACCUAGUAAGUUCGCGUCUUUGCAACAUUCAAACUAGCAAGCGAGGGCGCAACGGCGUGGCGCUUUUUGCUUUUUGUUUUUGCCGCAUACCUUUACCAAGUUUUUCACUCGUUCACCGACUUAGAAGUGAAGAGGAAACUUGAAAAUCUCGGCCUGAUAUCCUCCACGACACAAACUCUCGCACAAGCAGACACAAGAGAGACCCCACCACUAUGCAUACCUACGAUGCGUUUGCAUAUUAUUCUGUAUAAUGUGUUUCGCGCUUUUACGUAGUCGAAUUUCGCCUUUUUUCAUGCGUAGUCAAUCUCUCCUGGUCCUGCCACCUGUAUGUUGGUGUUGGAGGGCCUGCGCUGUUUCAAUAAAGAUUUGCAAAAAAACUUGUUUGUGUGAUCUUGUUCGAGAUGCAAUUCCAAGCGUGGUCGUCCUCAGGAAAAGUUAUUAAGCGCCAUGAUGCAUGAAAAUGUAAAUGAGUCCCCCUCACUGCACUUCAAGUACGCAUGUUUGCAGUGCGUUUUUAAGCUUCUGCGUGCGGUUGCCGUUGCUGCAGGCUAGAUAAAUACAUGCUAUGCUCGAUCGUGUUUGUGUGUGCUGCUUCUGUUUUUGUCUCCUGCAUACUGUGACGAAACCAAAUCAAAAGAGGAAGUUGCCAACCUCCUCUUCCCGCCGAACGGGGCAAAGUUCCCGCGUCCCCUCCACGACCUGUGCGGACGACUCGAUAGAACGGGGCAUCUGUACAAACCGAGUAUGACGUCGAGCAAAAAUGUAUCCAAUCUGAACUGAUGCAGCAAAGCACGCAACUCGCUUUCGCUUGUGCUUGUUUGUAGCACAAGACACAGAUGACACGAUGCGCAGUAGUCACGAUGGUUUACUUAAUAAUUAUAGCCAUGCCACAGUGCAAAUCGUAUACAGAUGCAGCGCUAAUGAUUUGUAUGUGGAAAUCUAGCCUGGCCGCGGUCUUAUGUAAGUACCACAACAUGAGGUUCUUCUUUUUGGCUGCGCGUCAAGAAGAACAUGUAUAUUAAAUGACGCCUCUGCUUUGUGCAGCCUUGGGUGGCCGACAAACUACGACCGCAGACUCGUGUCUCGGCUGUUUUAUGGAGUUGUAUGUUUCAUUGUAUUCGCAUUCUAAGUUCUUGUUUAGCUUGAGGUUGAGCUAAUGAGCUUGAGGCCUGAAUGGCGUGUGUAGUAUUAGGAAGCCAUGCCGUCGAAAUAACAAGUUGCAUUCUUCUUGUUGUCGCCACUUCUGAUUAUACCCUUCAAAUCAGUGCAAGAAGGAGUACGUACUUGGUUGUCCUCAAUAUGCUAUGAUCGACAUAAAUGGAAGCGAUAACGUUGAACGCGAGGCUGUCGUCUGUUGGGUUGGAUAUUGGCUGCAAAUGCUCUUCGUAGGGAUCCAGCUCGGAGUGGAGAUUCCGUUACCCGCAGGGGUCCAGAAGAGUGCAUCACAACCACGUCAAGACAUAUUAUAUAAGUAAAAUUUGCAUUUUUCCUUGCAAGACUGGGACACCAUGGGCAUCGUAGCAACUGAUAAGUAAUGAAGACAAUACAGUGCAAACGUCUAUAUGUUGACCACGCAGUAGAAGCACCAUAUAACCAUAUCAAUGUAUUUGAAUUGUGCAAGCAGAGUACGUUGGUGUAACUUUUAUUGUGCGAUGCAGUUUAUUUUGUCAUAAGCAAAGGUCACUUUGACUUCCUCAUGUUGUAUCAUUGCGCCACCUGCAUCACUGCCCGUCGGUCUACGUACCCUGCAUCACUCCCCCACCUCCUCUGCGUCACCUGCCUGGACCUGGAGCGGUGAUGCACGGAGCCCGCCGGGUUUGCAGCCGGUGUGUUAGGGUCUAGAGCUCAGGAUUUGGGAUCGAUGCAGAGUCGUCGAUGCCAGCCAACCACGUCGCGCCGGCUGGCCUCGGCGCUUCUACUCUGUCUUCCCGCGAUACCGCGUCUCCAUGUUCUCCCGUGCCUGAAGCAGCUUCCCUCCCCCUUCAUUUCAGAAAUCCUGGGCGGUCCCUCAGUGCGUCCGGCCCCGCCGUCUUUCACGUGUUCUUACUCUGCCCUGCAAUGUUGGUGGCGCUCCGAGCCUUGUUCUUCGAUUCCAUGUCCACCCUAACGUGCCUGCCACCAGGCGGCGGCUACAGAGGUUCUUAGUGCCCAGGAGCUGCGGGCGGAGUAUCAUAGGACGUGGCGGGGACGUCAAGGUGAGGGCUCGCACAUCAACAUCUAAUAAUUGAUAAAUAGUGAUCACACUCGUCAUCAUCAUCGGCAGCGAAGCAAGUGAUGUACGACUGAUCAGGAAACUUACUUCUCUGAGAAAUUUGGUGUUUUGCGCAAGAGCACGGACGUGGUUGUACCAUUGAUGCACUGUUUAUUUCACACCAUAACCAGAAACCCUGAUGAACCAGUAUGAGAAGAAAAUCAAGCAUUUGCUAUGACGGGACAAGGGGGAAUUGACACAUCAAAACACAUUUCAGUCAGACACAAGAACAGACAGCAAAAAAAACAGUCUCAGAGUUUCACAAGAACAGACAACUCAAAACACUCUCAGAGUUUCAGUACUAUGUCAGAUGAAUGAAUAUGCCACUCACUGUUUUAUACCAUUUCAAGAAUCAAUUGUAAGUAGAGCCUGCAGGCAACAUCGCUACAGUUUUUGUAUUUUUGGCUAGAAGAUCCAGCUGUAACUUAAUUUGUUCAGAAUCGGAGCCGAUUCUCUCUUUACUUGCUGUGUAUUAGUUAGUUGUGCUACUGUGUCCAUGCUGCUCACGAUGUACAAAUCCAUAGCAACGAAAAUACGACAAUUUCCUGAUGAGCUAAAAUGCGACUAAAGUGUUUCUUCUUUUUGAUGCGCACUGCACUCUACAGUGUGUUCUUCUUCUUGUUCAGUGGAUCACUGCCAGAGUGUCUGUAAAGGUCUCAAUGAGAGAAUCCUCAGUGUGCAUGUUUCCAAGCCUGCAAGUUCACCUUGUUUCCGCAGUGAGGAUACACAGGAGUGGUGGAGCCACUUAUCACGAUCGAUCUCAAUCCUAGCAGCAACUGGGUAGCUUGCUCAGGCCGGCUCUUAAAGCAAUAGCGUCAUGGCACAACUCGUCAAACAAAUCCUUGGGCAUGUGGAUGUGCUCCUGCUCGGACCUGGACUGUCAUCUGGUAGUCGCGUGCCCGUGGUGCAAAGCGUUGCGUCGUUCCGUGCCCCGUUCUAGCGAGCCACAUGAGAAGAGGCCACCGCCGACCACCACCCCUCGAAAUGAAGUGAAAUUCUGUAUCUGUAUAAGAAAUCUGUACAACAUGAAGAAGCUCCCCGCUCAUUAUUUCUCCUGCCUCUCGUUUCUGUUUCCGGGUUUCUUCAUCGUUUCGACCCAAAAUCGAGCAUGCGAGAAAAACAGAUCUUUGUUUACUACUUAGCACUGCAAAAGCAAAGCGUUGCUUUACGAGGUAUCCGGGUAAACCAGGGCCCCUACGAACUGAACGGCGCUGCGAAAUCUGCUACACGGCUGUAAGCAAGGUCUGGCCGGAAGCGGAUAUGGUCGGACCCGCAUCACAAGCAAGCUCUCACCUUUCCAGGCCCAGAUCUUGUGUGCAACGCCAAGGACAUCGGCCGCCUGUCCGCG